AUGGACUCUUUUCAAGAUCUCCUCUCUUGUGUCGGUGCCACCGUCUUGUUCUCUCUUCUCGUCUCUUUUGUCAUCACCAAGCUCCUUACAAUGGAAUCCGCUCGUGAUCAAACCUCUUUGUCCACGUCCUUGAUGAUGCAGCAGAAAUCUAUCAAGUCUCAACAAUCUAAAACGAAAGGUGAAUCAUUUAUUCUCGAUUGGAUAUGCGUAGAACAAUCUUUCUAUUCAAAGGAUGGGGAUCAGUUGACAACUGGUACUGUUGUUGAAUCACCUUUGGGACACGUGUUGUCUGAGAUGAAAAAUGAAGCAUAUGAUAUGGUGGAGUUGUUGAAUCCAGAUGAAAUCAAAGUUGGUGAUGAUGAUUUUGUAAACAAGGUGCUGGAUGAAAGUUCUGAUAGUCAAGUCAUUGUUGCUGAUAACUUGAUGGAUUUGAAAUGGGAAGGAGAGAGUCAGGGAGAUGAAGAGGAUUGGGAAAUGGAGAGUGAGGAAGAUGAAGAGGAUUGGGAGGGAGUUGAAAGAAGUGAUUUGGAAAAAAGAUUUGGUGAUGCCAUGAUGUUUGUAGGGUCGAUGAACAAUGCGAGUAAUAUUGCCAAUCUUGAUAAUGAUGAUAAAUUGCAGUUAUAUGCUCUUGGGAUGAUUGUUCUUGAAGGUCCAUACAUUUUGCCACAACCUAUAUCACUCAAGAUUUCUUCACGAGCUAAAUGGAAUGCAUUGCGGAAACUAAGGCAUAUGAACAGAGAAAUGGCGAUGGAUCGAUAUAUUUCACUUCUGUCCAAGAACUUUCCUGAUUGGAGUAGUAGGAAGAUUGAUACAACAAAUGUAAGUUCCUAUUUUAAUGUCUCUCCUAAGGUCUAUUCUUAA